AUGGCCGUGUUAGACAAGAGCAGCAUUGGGACAGUAGUCAAGCAGGUCAAAAGCAGACUUCACACCCACGGCCUAGAUGUCCUUAUCAACAACGCCGGUAUCAUGCCCACCACCCCGGACGGUAUUGCCGCUAUAGAUAAUUCGAUAGAGGCAAUCCAAGUUAAUGUCGAAACUGUGCAAAACGUCAUAUCUGCCCUCCUACCGCUACUAAAAGAAGGAAAUCAGAAGAAGGUCUUAAGCUUAUAA